GGAUUGGCUUUACAUUGUGCACAGAAACUCAAGUCAAAAUCAAAGUCCAAAAGAAAACAAAACGACAGAACCCUCCUCCUAUCUUCUCUCUCUCGAUCUACACAAUGGACUCUCUCGUUGCUCAGCUACAGAUGCAAUACCGUAACUAUGUCCUUUCUCUCUACCAACAGGGCUUUCUGGAUGAUCAGUUUACUGAGUUAAAAAGUCUACAAGAUGAUGGAAGUCCUGAUUUUGUGUCUGAGGUUCUCUCUCUCUUCUUUGACGAUUGUGUCAAGCUUGUCGGUAACAUGGCUAGAGCUUUGGACCAGACAGGAACUGUAGAUUUUAGUCAGGUUGGUGCUAGUGUGCAUCAGUUGAAGGGUAGUAGCUCAAGUGUUGGUGCCAAGAGGGUUAAAGGCUUGUGUAUUAACUUCAAGGAACUUUGUGAGGCUAAGAACUACGAAGGGUGUGUGAGAUGUCUGCAGCAAGUGGAUAUCGAGUAUAAGACGUUAAAGGCAAAGCUUCAAGAUAUGUUCAAUCUUGAGAAACAAAUCGUUCAAGCUGGUGGUAUCGUUCCUCAAGUGGAUAUAAAAUAAAAGACUUGUUCCUCGCUUGCAAUGCUCUGGUGGAUGAAGAGAAGAACAAGAUGAUGAUGGUUGCAUUCUUCAGUUUUUUUUUUUUUAAAUUUGUUUAUUUAGAAGAAACUCAAAAAGAAUGUUUGGGAGGAAAAGAGAGAAGUGAUGAUUCUUGUUGAUAAAGCUACUUUUCAUUUUGUCAGUCAAAAGAUCUUUUAAUAAGUUUAGAUAA